UAGCAUCAGUGUAUAUCGAUGGAAAUUGACAGGUGAUUAAAGUAUAUUAAAGCAAUAAAAACAAUACAAUUAUGUAACUGGCUCUAAAACAUGCUUCUUCCGUUAUUGUCUGUUUUAAUCUUUUUGGAUGUCACUUCGAGUAUAAAAGAUCCGGAAGCAUUAAAUUUUAUUGCUCUUGGAGAUUGGGGAACGGAUAAGGUACCGGAUGAAGUUGAUUAUCAAGAGAGAGUGGCGAAUAAAAUGGCUGAGUGGGCAAAUGAAACUGGACUUAAUUUUAUAUUAACUUUAGGAGAUAAUUUUUAUCCUGUGGGUGCCAAUAGCGUUGACGAUGAACAAUUCAAUAGGAAAUGGAGACAAGUGUACUUGAAUCCACAUCCAUCUUUACGAGUUGAAUGGCAAAUUUCAUUGGGUAAUCAUGAUCAUUAUUUAGAUAACGGAAAACAUCAACUGGAAUUUUCCAAAGUCGAGCCUUUAUGGAAAAUACCAAAGUUUUUUUAUACCUUUACAAAAAAAGUAGGAUUUCUGGAAGUAUUGUUUGUAGUAGUUGACACUGAGUCCAUGUACUUUACUUCAAACAAAGGAGAGCAAUUGGACUUUCUAAACACCACCUUAGCUAAUAGUCAUGCAGACUGGAGCAUUGUGGCUGCUCACCAUCCUAUAUUUUCCACUGCCCUACAUGGGAAUCAUGAAGAUUUAAUAGAUGAACUUCGACCAAUCCUUAUAGAACAUAAAGUUGACUUUUAUAUUUUUGGUCAUGAUCAUGUCUUGCAGCACUUAACUGGUCCAUCCUUCGAUAGUGUUACCUAUAUCGGAAGCGGAGGUGGAGGUCAAUUCCCAACUGUACAAAUACCAGAACAUCUUGAAGAGUUAAAAAAAUGGAAUAUAACUUCUAAUAUGUUUAAGAAUACGAAUGGCUUCACAGCAGUGAAGAUCACAAAAGAAUAUACUGUAAUAGAUUUCAUCGAUUAUAACGGUGAAAAGUUUUAUUCAAUUACGAAGACUAAAUCAUAAAGUGUUAAUGAUAUGCUAUUAAUACAUAAUAUGAAAUACAGUAUGUUAAGAAUUCUCUGUGCCAG